AUGAAUCUUUUCCUUUUGUCACCCAAAGACUUAACCAAUGGCGUUGUUGAAUCGCCACGUCGGACGCCUCAAAAAUGCCAGAGGCCAACGGAUCUGAUUUUACGUCGCCCCUCCUCUGCUACGCCAUAUGGGCGUCGUCCACCAGAUAUUUCUACUCCUCCCGCGUCUGAGCACUUGGAAUUUAAUCAGUUAAAAGAAAUCCUUCUUAAAAAGAGUGGUGUUUUAUGUUAUAACUUUGAGAGAAUUAAUGCAACUAAAGAGGAUUUUAUUGACGAAGGUCAACUGGGGGCUGGUACGUGUGGGGUUGUUAAAAAAAUGCGCCACAAGACGCGAAAAGAUCUUGUUAUGGCUGUCAAACAGAUGCAUAUUUCUUCAACUUGUGCUAUAGAAAAUAAACGGAUUAUGAUGGAUCUGGACGUAGUUACAAAAUGCGUUGGUUGUCCAAACAUUGUAAAGUGUAUGGGAAUUUUCUUUUCAAUGUCCGAGGUUUGGAUUUGUAUGGAAGUUAUGUCGAUGUCUCUUGAUACCCUUAUGAGAGAUACUGUCGAACCUUUUCCUGAAUACGUUCUUGGGAAAAUUGCCGUCUCAAUUGUAAAAGCUCUGGAUUAUCUAAAAAGGGAGCACAAUAUUAUGCACAGAGAUGUUAAACCUUCGAAUAUGUUGCUAAGUUCCGGUGGAGAUAUUAAGCUUUGUGACUUCGGGAUUAGUGGCCAAUUGAAAGAUUCUAUCUCUAAUUCCAACCAAUUCGGUUGCAUAGGCUAUAUGGCUCCGGAGAGGCUGGAGAAAUUCAAGUACGAUGUUCGAGCGGACAUCUGGUCUCUUGGAAUAUCCCUCGUGGAACUUGCACUUAAGUCCUUCCCCUACAAAGGCUCUCAAUUUGAAUUCGCUAUCUUGAGUAAGAUUAUUGAGGAUCCACCGCCUAAGUUGCCCGACGAUGGUCGAUACUCAACUGACUUCUGUUCCUUUGUCGAUGCUUGCUUAAUCAAGGACUACAAUCUGCGUCCCAAAUAUCCGGCCCUCCGAAAAACAAAGCUGUUUCUCGCAUACGAUAGAAAGCCCUACGAUGUAGGCGACUGGUACCGUUCCAUCCGUCUCGUCCUACCUGGUAAUGGCGGCUUCAAUGGCAGUGGUCGUCACACUCCCAUUUCCCCUGCUUCCUCCACAGUCACCCUCUCCCCAGACGGUAACAAGAGUACUCAUUGGUUGGAUGGUGGUGGGUCGGAGGUUGACAGUUUCACAAAUGGUGGAGCUGUCCGGAGGGGGAGUGGAGGUAGUGUUACUCAGCAACAACAGAGGGAAACAUCGCUAUCAAGACGGUCACCGGCACCUUCGAUAUUUGUAGAGUCAUCACCAUCGGUGAACCCUUGGAGAGAUACUGGUCAGAAGCAGCAGCAGACGAUGGUGAGCAACUGGAAGGCACAGGUUCUGCCACCAUCGGGUGCUAAUUCCUCUCCUGCUCUACACGAUUCGCAGAUUGGUGGCUAUGGCUCGUCUGUUGGGGAAAAUGGUGGACAAAACGGUGUAAUUCUUCGGAACCGAGAUCGUUCCCUGUUUAUUCCAGGUCGCAAUUUGUCCAUGGUCCCUUCUGGAGCUGCUCAUCCUCCAAUUGCAGUUGACGCUCGACGAAACGCCUAUUACCCCCAUCUCAGUGGGGCAAAUGGAGAAUCAAGCGGUUCCUCAAUUGAACUCUCCAACACCUACCACACAAAUCUCCAAGCUUACUUCAAUUUCCUCAAUCAUCAAUCUCAUAAACCUCCCACUUACUACAACACUGCACCGCGCACUUCUAACUCCCGUCCCUCAAUCCUUCCUCCCUCUACUUCUUCUUCACCAUCUCCUGCUCAAAGACAGGUCAAAAUCGUUGCUCUCGAAGGGUACAACGGCUACCCUUCAACGAGUAACCCUAUUUCCUCACCCCGAUCACCCCGGUCCGUAUCUGCCGGAUACAAUGGGUCUGGAAGGCGCAUUCAAAGAGCUCCCGCUUGCCGUCACAUCACUAAACCCUAUCAACCCACUCGAGUUGUGAAUAAUUCGACCUCUGUCUUUUCUUUUUCUGCUUCAACCCCAAAUAAAGCUACUGAAGAUGAAGCCACUGCUCCUGCAGAACCACAGAAAUAUCACCAUGAAUUCUACUGGUAUGCACAUCAACCUCCAGCUCAACAACAGCCCCAGUCACAACCACCUGCGUGA